GUGUCUGUUGGGACUUUUAGAAACAGAAACACAAGCGAGCGGGGCUUCAUUCUCAGCCCAAAGCUCAGGCAGGCAGGCAGGCAGGCAGGCACGGUCCAUUCCGGAGGAGAGGGGGACCCGCUUGUUGUCAUCUCCGCCCCCCCGCCCCCCCUCAGCCGUACCACCCCUCAACCACCCCCCCUCUCCCGCCCCACGCGCCCACCCCCUUGUAUUUUUUGAGGGGGGCCGUGUUUCUUCCUCCGACCCAGCCACCGGGGGGACCCCACGCCGCCGCUCCUGUUCGCCGCCGCCGAAGUAGGAUUUGUCGGCUGCUCGGUCGGGACCCGCGUGGAAGGAAAGUCCGCUUCUCCGCAGCCGCACGCGUGGGUCAUUCUCUGCACCUGACAACCCCCCACCACCACCACCGCCACUACCACCACCCACGUACUCGUUUUGUGUUUUUAUUUAAUUUUGUUUUAAGAUUUUUUCUCUCUUCUAUUUUUUGGUUUUGUUUUUACACGGACGAAUUCUUUCUUUCUUUGAAGAGCUGAGAAGUUGCUGCGCUCGUACGGCAGCUCGCGCGGACUCUAUCGGCCACACGGACUGGUUGGCUUGUUUUUUUUUUUGUUUUUUGAACAUUUUUUCCUCUUUGACGGCUGCUGCACCAUCGAGGCGAGACGGCGACCUCAGUCGAUUACCUUUCUUUGCUCUGCUAUCCCAUGGAUAUUCACUGCAAGGCAGACCCCUUCUCCGCCAUGCACCGGCACGGCGGCGUGAACCAGCUCGGUGGGGUGUUCGUGAACGGCCGACCCCUCCCGGACGUGGUGCGGCAAAGGAUUGUGGAGCUGGCACAUCAAGGGGUCCGGCCGUGUGACAUUUCCAGACAGCUACGGGUCAGUCACGGCUGCGUCAGCAAAAUCCUCGGCAGGUACUACGAGACGGGCAGUAUUAAACCGGGGGUGAUCGGGGGCUCCAAACCGAAGGUGGCGACUCCGAAAGUGGUGGAUAAGAUUGCAGAGUACAAGCGCCAGAACCCGACCAUGUUCGCCUGGGAGAUCCGGGACCGGCUACUGGCCGAAGGCGUUUGCGACAACGACACCGUGCCGAGCGUGUCAUCCAUCAACAGGAUUAUCCGCACCAAAGUCCAGCAGCAGUUUCACCCGUCCCCCGAUGGAUCCGUCACGCCGCUCUCCACGCCGGGACACACCAUAGUACCCAGCACAGCCUCCCCGCCUGUGACCAGCGCCUCCAACGACCCCGUAGGAUCCUACUCCAUCAACGGCAUCCUGGGAAUCCCCCGCUCCAACGGCGAGAAGAGAAAACGAGACGAAGUUCUCUGGACUGGCAACCACUUGGACGGAAGGAAAAUAGGACAUUGCGGCUCUGAUGGCUCGGGCCCGGGCAACGAUUCUCAGGGCAGCGUGGAGAGUUUAAGGAAGCACCUGCGAGCGGACGCGUUCACCCAGCAGCAGUUGGAGGCCCUGGACCGCGUUUUCGAACGCCCCUCCUACCCGGAUGUCUUCCCCACUUCCGAACACAUCAAACCCGAGCAGGCCAACGAGUAUUCACUUCCAUCCCUGAACACCGGUCUGGAAGACGUGAAGCCCAGCCUCUCUAGCAGCGGCAGCUCCGACCUCGCCUCCAGCGUCUCCCAGAGCUACUCGGUUGUGACAGGUCGCGACAUGGCGAGCACCACCUUACCGGGCUACCCGCCUCACGUCCCCCCAACGGGGCAAGGCAGUUACCCCACCUCGACACUCGCCGGAAUGGUUCCAGGAGGGGACUUUUCUGGAAACCCUUACUCUCAUCCACAAUACACUACUUACAACGAAGCAUGGCGGUUCAGCAAUCCAGCAUUACUAAGUUCCCCUUAUUAUUAUAGUGCCGCAUCCCGUGGCUCCGCGCCUCCCACUGCUGCCGCUGCCUACGACCGCCACUAGUUACCAUGGAGACCAGCUCAAACUGCAGGGCCACGGCUUUGGCCUCCAUAUCGUCCCCGUCUGAGAAAACACUGAGGUCAAAAGGGAAUUUGUGAGAAGGGGGAUCCGAAAGGAAAAGCCACCAGGGUCACGUGGGCGAGAGGAAGGAUCGUCAAGGUGGAUGCCAAUGGCGUCAGCGUCACACACUUCGGGCCAUAAGAGUCACCGCAACCAUCACGCCGUCACUGUCCCAUAGCCCUGAACAUUUACAGAUUGACUUUGAAGAGAUUAUAGAAAUAUAUAUAAUGUGAAAUAUAUCAAUUGAAGACGUGUGAGGAUUUCAUGCGGAAACAAAUAUGACGUGGGUUUUGAUUUUUGCCUCUCUGUUGCUGUUGUUCCUUUACUCAUGCAUCCUCACAAUUCUUUUUACAUCGCGAACGGCAGCAUUUAUCUGCUCUCAAAAACCCCGCCAAAUGAAUUCAGCAGUUUGGCUCAAAUUAUACUGUACACUAUUGGAGAUGAUAACUGAAAACUUGCAAAAACUGAAAAAAUGUGUAGUACUGGAUUUGGUGAUGUAGCGGUCACUGUCACUAUCAUGAGUUAGCUAGCUAACAAACAAAGAAGCUAACACAUGAUCGUAAUUGAGUAGCUAGCUGCCAGAUAGCUAAGCUAGCAGCCACAAUUUACCGAACUGCUCGAUGUUCUUACUUAAAUUCUCAAAUGAGGAGGUGAAGCUGCAGAUGAGCGAACUGCUCGUCUCUAGCGAGCUAACUGGUAGCUAGUGCCUCCCACCAACCAUGACAAUGAAAGUUCUGGUGGGAUACAUUUGAUUAUGAUUAUUUGUUUUUGUUUUUUUUUAUAUGCUUGGCAGUUUUUUAAAAAACAUUCAAAUUUAGCAGGGUUGUUGACAACACUUCUUUUUGAUAUGUCAAAUUUAGAAGACAUUUAUUUUUACUUUGCAGAGACUUUAACAAGAGACAAACAGGAGCGGUGGUUUCGUAGUUUGAUGGUAAAAAGAAUUGUGUCGCGAGGCCCCCCGAUUGACGUUAAUGAUCAUUGGCUCCGUGUGGUAGGAACGCCCUGACUCUGGUGCUCCUGCUACGUCAUCAAGAGCAUUUCCUCUUUGCUGACCCCGCAAAAAAAAAUGGCAGCAUCUUCUACGGAUGUGGCAAACAAUCAAAUGUAAAUUGUUUUCCCAAAAAAAUAAACUUGUCAACUCGGAAUUUUAAAUAUGUUAAAUUAUUUUUUUUCCUGUCACAAAUUGUAAUGUUAAAAAAAAAAACUAACAAAAAAAUACCCGCAAUUUUGAGCGCAGUUGUCACGUUUUGCAAAUAUUCCAGUUAUGCUCAUGUACAUCACUUGCUCCUUUUUUGCACAAUAAUCUAGUUGGUUUAUUUUCCAAAUUCUCUCAUUCAGAUUUUUUUUUUCCUUAACAAGACCGACGUGGUGUGCGUAGACAUCAGUAGAAUUCAGUCAGCGGACUUUUUAAGCCAUAGCUCCUUGGCUACGUGAAAAAAAAUCCUAUUCAGCUAUUUAGUCAUACCACUAGAUGCCUACAGUUGAGCAUACCAACUGUAAAUUAGCUUCAACAUAUGCCUUAUAAUCUUAUUUGUUCACCGCCAUGCCACUGGAGUACGUUCAAGACAUUCACACCACUGUCAUUUUGCCUCACGUUUCACUCUCGCUAUGGACUGAAAGAAAAUACCGGUUCCUUUUUUUUUAAACUAUUUUUGUGAAUGUACUUUUCACUACAUUUGCCAAAGACUUAGUUUGAUAUUUAAUAUUUUAUUUACAGUGUAUGUGUGCAUAAAUGAAGCCAGUAUUAUCUUCAAUAAACGUAAUGCCGCUAACAACGCGAUGGGCGAGGCGAAAUCCGGCGACUCUUCUGUCCUCCGCUGCUUUGUAGAAUGAUUUGUGAAUAUUGUGAAGACAAUUCCUCUUUGUAUAUAACAGUCACGCGUCGCGGUAUCACACGACUGAACCGGCUUCCCCUUGUAGAUAAGCAGACCGAUGCAUUUUACAUGUGUGUCUUAAUUGUCACGUUGUGCUGUAGAGGAAGGCGCAACCGCUGUGUAAAACCCCCGGGGGCUAUGUGCCGUUUGUAGCAGGCUAACAUCGCAAAAACGUAGGCUGUCCUUUGUCAUUUGCUGUCCCUGAUAACGCCAUGACGAUGUUUUAUGUCACUAUGCAACAAGUUCAAUGGCUUUCCGUAUCAUCUUCUGUUGUCGGGCCUCGGACCAACGCUUCUAAGGCGGAAAUGGAGAGCGACACCCAAGUCCGUUUCUUUCAUCGGGGAUUCGUUGGUGGCAAAAAAUAAAUAAAAUAAAAUUAAAAAAACAAUUUAGAAAAUCUACACUACUGCUGUCCCGUUGGCCAUUUAUAGAUGUUGUGAUCAUUGGGUUCAUCCAAUUUACGGUCAGCUCUCAAUGUAUAGACACGAUUCAUCUCAUUCCUUCCUACGAGUAAACCCUUGGACAUGUACAUCCUCUGGUACCACGAUGAUGUCAGAGAAACCGAGUGUUCCGAUAGGGAGCCGCGCCGGCUUAUUUCUGUCUACGUGUGGCUGGAUAUGUCUGAAAAGAAGUGAGGGCAGAGUGCACACCGCCAUCAUUUAGCCGGGAAUCUUAGCGGUGCUAAGUGGAGCACCUCUGAGGGAAUGGCUCUGUUGUAAAGAUGAUACAGAAGAUGUGUCACGGACAUUCGGAAAAAAAAAAAAAAGGAUUUCUGAGGAGAAAAUCUAUAUGGAAAGCCCCGUGGCCUCAAUCAUUGCUCUGUUUCACUUCUGUUCCAAUUCCUUUUGUGCACAUGAGAAAUAAAUUCUUUUAUAUGUCACUCGCCGA